GGGUGGGCCACCUUGGCGGGACGAGGGAGAGAACGCUUGCUUCUGUGCUCCGCCUGCGAAGGAGAGGUUUCUGUAGCCAGACUGAGCUAGUCCGGGUGGUCCAGGGUCUGCAGCAGGCGCAGAGGGAUCGGAAAGGCGAUGCAUUACUAGUGCGCUUUCGCUUUGACAGCUGAGGCGGAAAAGUGAGAGGGCCUGCCAUUGGCCGGGCUAGGUAACCCACCCUUGCAAAGCAGAAAGCUCCCUGCGGGAGGAGUUCUGCACGCAGAGGAGGAGCCAAGGUAGCCAGUGAGAAGUUGGGACACGGUCCUCCAGUAGAUAAGAGGCAGAGCCCAGCAGGAACCCCCUCUGCUUGCGAGUAGGAAGCUUGGGGAGCAGCCUCAUGGAAGAGAAGCAGAUCCUGUGCGUGGGGCUGGUGGUGCUGGACAUCAUCAAUGUGGUGGACAAAUACCCAGAGGAAGACACGGAUCGCAGCUUCCUGGUGGCUGACUUCAGGCAGAGGGGCGUGGAUGUGUCUCAAGUGACUUGGCAGAGACAGGGAGAUACCCCUUGCUCUUGCUGCAUCGUCAACAACUCCAAUGGCUCCCGUACCAUUAUACUCUACGACACGAACCUGCCAGAUGUGUCUGCUAAGGACUUUGAGAAGGUCGAUCUGACCCGGUUCAAGUGGAUCCACAUUGAGGGCCGGAAUGCAUCGGAACAGGUGAAGAUGCUGCAGCGGAUAGAGGAGCACAAUGCCAAGCAGCCUCUGCCACAGAAGGUCCGGGUGUCGGUGGAGAUAGAGAAGCCCCGUGAGGAGCUCUUCCAGUUGUUUAGCUAUGGCGAGGUGGUGUUUGUCAGCAAAGAUGUGGCCAAGCACCUGGGGUUCCAGUCAGCGGUGGAGGCCCUGAGGGGCUUGUACAGUCGAGUGAAGAAAGGGGCUACGCUUGUCUGUGCCUGGGCUGAGGAGGGUGCCGAUGCCCUGGGCCCCGAUGGUCAGCUGCUCCACUCAGAUGCCUUCCCACCGCCCCGAGUAGUAGACACUCUUGGGGCUGGAGACACCUUCAAUGCCUCUGUCAUCUUCAGCCUCUCGAAGGGAAACAGCAUGCAAGAGGCCCUGAGAUUCGGGUGCCAGGUGGCUGGCAAGAAGUGUGGCUUGCAGGGGUUUGAGGGCAUUGUGUGAGAGGCAAGCGGCACCAGCUCAAUACCUCAGAGGCUGGCACCAUGCCUGCCACUGCCUUCUCUACUUCAUCCAGCUUGGCAUCCAGCUGCCAUUCCCCGGCAGGUGUAGGCUGUGAGACAGCCUCUGUCUGUGUCUGCGUCUCUGUAUACCUAUCUCCUCUCUGCAGAUACCUGGAGCAAAUAAAUCUUCCCCUGAGCCAGC